UUAGCAAGCUGGAGAAAGAAAGGAAAAACUCCAUUAAAAAAAAAAAAACCCGGCUUUCCUCCAUGUUAGAUGUGAAAUGGAAAAUGGGAAGGAUUUAGAAGAAAUCCCUGGUGUCUCCAGCCAAGUUGGAGAAAGGGAGGAAAGAGGGAAAGCUUCAGGCUGCUGCUAUCUUUGAAAAUCACAGUAAACACCCAGAUCUCUAGGAAAAUGAGGGUGUCUUGAUUCAAACGGACAGGGGAAAGACAAGCUUAUUUUAUUUUUUCUUCCAAAGCGGACAUUCUUCCCCCACCCCCACCCCCCACCCAUUUUUUUUUUUUUUUACCAGCAUGGUAAAGUGAGAGGGCAAACAGCAGCAACCUGGAAAAUGUUGUCUGAGCCAAGAGUACCCAGCUAAGCGAGGGUAAACACAACCUGGGCGCUCACUCUGGUUUUUCUUCAUGCGCUCCUAGAAGAACUUGGAGAAUCAGGAGUAGCCCCCAGUAAGAAUGAACUGCAAAGAGGAAAGAGAGCAAAGUGGCUGCCCCAGCGAGGACGUGAAGAAACCACUGAAGUGUGUGGUGGUCGGGGAUGGUGCGGUGGGGAAAACCUGCUUACUGAUGAGUUAUGCCAAUGACGCCUUCCCAGAGGAGUACGUGCCUACCGUGUUUGACCACUAUGCAGUUACUGUGACGGUGGGAGGCAAGCAGCACUUGCUUGGACUGUAUGACACAGCAGGACAGGAGGACUACAACCAACUAAGACCACUCUCCUACCCCAAUACCGAUGUAUUUCUCAUCUGUUUUUCUGUUGUAAACCCUGCCUCCUAUCACAACGUCCAAGAAGAAUGGGUACCUGAACUGAAAGGCUGUAUGCCCCAUGUCCCUUUCGUCCUCAUAGGAACACAGAUUGACCUUCGUGAUGACCCCAAAACGUUGGCUCGAUUGUUCUACAUGAAAGAGAAACCCCUCACUUAUGAGCAUGGAGUGAAGCUUGCCAAGGCGAUUGGAGCACAGUGCUACUUGGAAUGCUCAGCCCUGACACAGAAAGGCCUUAAAACAGUCUUUGAUGAAGCAAUACUCGCCAUUUUUCACCCCAAGAAGAAAAAACAGCAUUGUUCCAGGUGUUGCCACAGCUGCUGCACCAUUGCAUGAGAUUUUUUGCGAUACUGUUCCAACAGCCCAUAGGAAUGAGGACGCCACUCCAUCCUGGGGCUCCCCUAGAGGGAGUACAAAACCAAGGUCUUCCUCCAGUCUGUGAGAUUUCAGAUUUGUCAGCCAAAUAUUCUUUUCUUCCUCAAGUCCCAUCCUCUUAAAAAAUGCACUGAGCCAAUAUUACAGUCAGGACAGCUGCUGAUGAUGUUGAUACAAAAUAAAAGGCAUCAUGCAUCUUUGUAUCUUCACCUCCAGUGAAUGUGAAGAUGUAAGGACAUUUCUCCAGACUCUGUAUCAGACCCUAGAGACAGAUUCAGUUACAGUUUGGCAGCUUUAACAGAUGCCUUUAACAAUAUACACAAAUCCAAUACAAAUUUAUCAGUCAAAUUUUUUCCUUGAACUACUAUCCUAUCCACAUUUGUCUUACACAGAUUCUCAAUGUUUCAAGUUGUUUUAUUCUAUCCUGAUUUGCCCCCACUAAAUCAGCCCAUACAAGGUCUGUUUCACUAAUAUUUUAUAUUUUCAAUGUUCACACCAAAGACUUCAAAACCAACAUUUUACCUCCAGUCUCACUUUUGAAUAUAAGAAGCCAAAGAAAACUUUGAGACUCCAUCAAAAUAUCUAGACAGAGCCAUGCUUACCAAGACUGACCAAGAGAGAAAGCCAUGGAUGGGAAUAUUUUUACAGACUUCAAAAAAUGCGCUUUUAUUUUUGCUGAAAGUCCUUUUACAUGAAUCAAGGUGUGAUGGAAUCUAUGGGUAGCCUGAUUAUCAGAGUGCUAAAGCAUCACAGCCAAUUUGUUGAUGAAAUCUUAGAGCUAGGAGGAUUCCCAGAGAUCCUCUAAUACAAUCCCUUCAUUUUACAAAUGAGGAAAAUGAGGCUCAGAGAGGUUUAGAGCCUUGUCUGAAGUGAUUCAUGGAUCAGAGAGAUCUCUGUUUCUCACCCAAAUUGGAGGAGUGAGACAGUACCAGGAAAUAUCUGGAAGUGGGCAGAAUUAGUCUGCUCAGUCUUCGUUGUCCUUUUCUGUCCAGAAUGGUGCCUCUUCAUCUUUCCACUUGUCAAAACCUGCUCCCAAAAAAGAAUUUGAAAAUCUUUACCCUGAAGUGGAAAGGUCUGAUUUAAUGAAAUUAAAUUCAACAAGCAUUUCUUAAAUUACCUAUACAAAACCCUAUCAGAUAUUGUAUAAUGUCCUCCCUGGGCUUUUGUACUGUUAUAGGCUGCAGAGAUAUAAAUAGGACAGAGUAACUAUGACUUUACUCCAAAUUCAGAUGGUGCAAAAAAAAAAUUAACACAUACCCUCCUCAAAAAAUAAUUGAAUGUAACAGCUAGUUUGCUAGAAUAACUAUUUAAGAUUAAAACUAAGAUAAAUAACACCCAUCUGGGAGCCAUUAUAGUGACUAGUUCUCCUUCCCACCCAAACUGAUUUGUCUUAAUUAUUUCCUACAUAUAUAUUUUCAUAUCAUGAAUUGCAAAGAUGAUUUGAGGGCACAGUUUCAUGUUGCCUGCCCCAAACAUCAAAGUUACUAAUUAUAUUUCUGUUAGGCAAAUAUAUACUGAAGCUAAAGGGUGAAAAGCUCCCAUGGCAAAAUUUCAAACAUCCACCAGCAUAUAGAAGAGUUGAGUUACUUGUUGGAUCGGCAGGACAUUCCCAGCCAUCUGAAAUUAUGCCAUAGAGUUAUCUCUCUACUCUGUCCAUGUGGGAGUCUUUUCCCAGGACUGCUGACCAGUAAGCCUCAGAACAUUUCUAAAGAUCUCCCAUGUUUGGACUGGAAGGAUUUUGUCACUUUCUACUAAUUACUCAUUGGAAUACCUUCUCUUGGUUGUUACAUGGUGCAUCCUAUUCUAUGUGAGUAGCUUUCCUCAGUAUGGGGUACUUAGGGUGACAUGCAUUUUCACAUUGCUGGUUCUCCCUUCUCACUAUACUCAAAAUCACAGAUGACUUUUCAGGAGAUGUGUUGGUACCAUAUUCAAAAAUUGUUUUUCAUUCAUGUUACAGACAUAUAGAAAGCAUAUUCCUAGGGGAAUAAAACUGACCAGUUAAUACUGGGAAAUCACAUGAAAUCUUAAACUUGUCUCUAAGAUUCCUCCCUGGA